CAACGAGGUUUACAAAGGGUGGAAAAGAAAGCCGACAUAGUUUGAGCUGCUUUUAAGCUUCCACACUCUCAAGCUGACCAAAACCCAAUUUCUGCUCCUUCGUCUUCGUUGCAAUUCUGCCUUCACUUCGUCCCGAGCUUGUUUGUUGGGGAUUAUGGAGAAUUUUCAAUCUUUUAGUCUCGUGGGAUAUAUAAAAUAGAAGUUGGCGACUUGGGAAUGGAUCAAAUGGAUGCAUUGGUUUUUGAUGUUGAAAAUAUUGGAACAGUAAGUAAUUAUAGUAAUGGGGAAGAAGUGGAGGGUUUUAAACGUCAAGUUGAUGAUAUUUUCCUAAAGGUUAAUAAGCUUGAGCAAAGAGUGACUGAGAUAGAACAGUUCUACCUAACCACAAAUAAAACGCAGCCAAAGGCAUCUAAAAGCACCAUUACUGUCAAGGAUAAAGAUAAAGAUAAACAUAUCCCAAGUAUUAAGAAGCAGCAGCAAGAUGCAACUCGUAGGGAAGCGGUUGCUGCAAAGAGAAUGCAAGAGCUUAUGCGUCAAUUUGGCACAAUAUUGCGUCAGUUAACUCAACACAAGUGGGCAUGGCCCUUUAUGCAGCCAGUAGAUGUUGAAGGUCUUGGUUUACAUGACUACUAUGAGGUUAUUGACAAGCCUAUGGAUUUCAGUACGAUUAAAAAUCAAAUGGAGGCAAAGGAUGGUACUGGAUACAAAGAUGUUCGACAGAUAUGUGCAGAUGUGAGGCUGAUUUUCAAAAAUGCAAUGAAGUAUAAUGAUGAGAGAAGUAAUGUUCAUGAAAUGGCAAAAACUUUGUUGGCAAAAUUUGAGGAGAAGUGGCUGCAACUUCUGCCUAAAGUUGCCGAAGAGGAAGAAAGAAGGAAAGCAGAGGAAACAGAGGCACAGUUGAAUAUGCAGCUUGCUCAAGAGGCUGUCCAUGCCAAAUUGACUAGAGAUAUAAGUAAUGAGCUGUAUGAGGUUGAUAUGCAUUUGGAAGAUCUACGAGAAAUGGUUGUUCAAAAGUGCAGAAAAAUGUCAACUGAGGAGAAAAGAAAGCUUGGUGCAGCACUUACCAGGUUAUCCCCUGAAGAUCUCAGCAAGGCUUUGGAAAUUGUUGCUCAAAGUAAUCCAGGCUUCCAAGCAACUGGUGAAGAGGUGGACCUAGACAUUGAUGCUCAGAGUGAAUCUACCUUGUGGAGGUUAAAGAUUUUCGUAAAAGAUGCCCUUGAAGUUCAGGGCAAGAGUUUGGCAAGUGAUGGUGGCAACAACAGUAACACAAAACCUAUUAGCAACAACAACAACAAUGACCCAUCCAAUAACAACCACACCAACAAUAACAACAGCAACAACAAGAGGAAAAGAGAGAUUGGUGAUGCUAUUGCCAAAACUGUCAAGAAAAAAGGUAAAAAACCCACGUCUUGAUCAUUUCGUGCUGUGGAGGAGAGUAGUUAGAUUGUUGGCAUUUCAUGUGAAGCUUUUUGCCAAUGACUCAUGGGGACGAAUUUUGAGAAUCAUAAAGUGGACCUGUCAAGUUUCUGUGCAUCGAAAAAGGCAGAGCAUGGAUCUCUUUUCUACAUCUUCAAAUGCUUCUGUUAAGUCACCGUGCUUGAGAGUCAUUUUAUUUUAUUUACCAUCCUGUCUUUUGGUAGAUCUAAUGUGUAGUAUAGGACUUGUUCCCAAAUGGCUCCAUGUAACAUUUUAUAGCUUGACCUUGAUGUUAAAAGUUAAUUAAUAUAAAUUAGUUCUUGCUGUA